GUUCGCUGCUGAAAAUGGAUGUUUUGGCUUCAGAUGAAGAUUGUAACGAGCCACUUGUCCUGCCUGAUAAUGCAAACUUGACGUCAACCACAGCAAGAAAUCCACCAACACGUUUUGGACCUCAACAAGCAUUUCUCCACAAUACGCAUGCUUGGUGUGCUAGUUUAUCUAWCGCUGACCAGUACCUUGUGAUAGACAUAGGGCUCGUCAAGAUGAUCAAGUCAAUAGCAAUACAAGGGAAUCCAAACAAUGACGAGUUUGUCAAGUCUUUUAGUGUAUCGUAUGCAGUUKUUGAGGGUCAGUGGUUAYRAUACACUGAGAUCGGCGCCAGASGUAUAGUGAGUAYCACGUGA